AUGUUGCCAUGGCGUGUGGCGUCAUCGCACGUGGACUGCGAUGGCCACGCACUGACACUGAAUGGCUUCGGAGUGGUGCUUGGUCUGCUGCUGACCUUCCAGGGGCAUUGGACUUACGAGAAGGCGCUUGGGGGAUUGCUUUGCCUCGUGGCCUUUAGCUUGGAGGCGCUGCUUGGCAUGGCCUGGCUCCAGUCCCAAGUUUCCUGGCAAAAGCAGCUGGCUGUGGGCACGGGCUGCUUACUUUGGACUGCUUUGGCAGGCCUUGCCGUGUGGAUGGAACGCAAAGCCAUCCAGAGGUGCUUGGCCUUUUUCGUGGGCUUCCUCUUCACAGGUGCUAUAGCGAUGGUCUUGCUUCUUCUGCUGGACGCACAGCUGUCACACGCGGCUCCGUGGCGCUUCUUGGGCAUCUCCGUGGCGCUUCAGUUGAGCCUCGCCAGUGGCAUUUGGGCUGCCAGCGCUUCACAGGUGAAAUACCUCUUCAUCUUGGUGACGAGUCUCCUAGGAUCUGCAAUCACAGUGGCUUGUGUCGGCCGCAUGAUCCCCUGUGUCCAUGUGCCCUUGAUCUCUGAGCCGCUGCUCCAGGAUGUCCUUUGCGCUUUGCUGGCAUGCCUGGGCCUAGCGGUGCAGAUCACCUUCGGAAAGGGAGAGAAGAAUUCGAGGUCCCCGCCAGCAGCCGCCAUGCAAGCCGCUGCUCAAAGCGCGGAUUCGCUAGGGCAAGGCGUGAAUGAGGCAGAGGUUGAGGUGACGUCCUUGUCAGAACUUGGUUCAUUAGCCGUCGAUGCUUUGAACUUGUUCAUUGACAACCAAGACCCACCAGCCGCUGCCGCAGGCGCGGGUUCGGAGAGCUCGAAGUGGGCAGGCGCAGCCUCUGAGGCUGAUUCGGGCCCAACUCUCUUUCCGCCUUCCGUGAUUGAGCACGAAGACAGAGACCUCGAGCUUGAAGAGCCCUUCGCCGGUCCAACGGGUCUAGACUAUCCCGGCGACAAAGAGAUCCACCCUCUCGAUAGCCCCACGGCCGAAGGCGAUCUCGCCCCUGCGGAGGAGGAGCCCGAGGAGUUCGUGCCGCCCGAAACCCUAAUUGCCCAGGCAUCAUCUACACCUAAUAGUCCUCCCCUAUCCACUAAUAACCUGUUUGAUCCACUUGGUGAAGACGAGGAGUCCUCCGCUGAGGACGCUGUGGAAGAAGGGAUUGCGCAACGCAUCCAAGAGCAGUACGACUUGGAGGCAGCGCUCGAGGAGUCAGCCCGGAUCGCAGGCGUCGAGCCGGAACCGGCUGACUUGGGUGUCGGUGAAGCCGCUGCCAUUGGCGCGGGAAAGGGGGAGAGAGACCGCACCCGUAGGAGGGGUUGCCGUGCCGGCGCCAAGCACGUCGCGGGCCGUGAAAACCUCUCCUAUGGGCAGACGUGUGAAUACAUCCGUGCACAGCUCGGUGAUUCCACUUAUGCGCGGUUCGGCCGCCGCUUCAAUCUCCCUCACAUUCCCCCACAAGUGGCCCGCAAGCAGUACCCAGAGUGGUUCGGAUAUGUUCUUCGACAUUCUGAGAGGUGGGCGUCUGAUGCAGAGGGAGAGCUUUUGCCAGUGGACACCAUCACUCGAUGGGCGACCAUCCUGCCUGAACUUUGGCAGUUCCUCUAUUCGAUCGACUCCACUUUGCUGCAAGGUAUCCCACAGCCGAAAUACAGACUGCCUAGGGGUUAUUGGAGCUCAGACCACCCGUUUGUGCCGCUCCGCCAUGUGCGCUCGACCGACACUACUGGGAUGUCCCGCGAAGAUCUUAUUGGUUAG